AUGGAUCCCUCUCAGCAAGACAAGGGCUACUACGCUUCCCAGCCCCCUCAGUACCCCCAGCAGGCCAUGCCAGCCUACGGUCAGCCCGCUUAUGGUCAGGCCGCCUCUUACUCGCCCCAGCCUGGCUACCCCCAGCAGCCCGGCUACCCUCCCCAGCAGCCCUACGGUCAGCCCGGAUACCCCCAGUCCCCUGCCCCCGGCGGAUACUAUCCCCAGGCCUCUCCCCAGCCUGUGAUCAUUCAGCAGCAGGCACCCCCACCCCAGCAGAACAGCGGCAAGGACGACAUGUGCAUGGGAUGGUAA